UUCUUCCGUAGAUAUCGGAUAGGUGUGUGCCGCGAAGGGUCUCAAGGCGACACACCAGGAGCACAAUGUCAACAGGGGCAAAAAUGAGAUCCGAUUUAAGGAUCGACAGCGUCAAAUUGAAUUAUACCCUAUCCCACAGCACAUACCUAUAUAGUCCAUAUAUGGGAGUACCCUCCCCCGCCCUGGGUGACACUGGACUGACUAAGUGAAUAGCGGACCUGCGUGUGGUCUAAGUUGGCGGUACUUGGGACGUUGCAGGAUUGAGAGAGAAUGAUUGAGGUUGAUAAUUCGGAAAAAUGGCAUCAUGGUUGUAAUAGUUGGAUUAUGACUGAAAAGAGGAACUGGCAAAAAUGAACUUUAAAGUUGUCCAGUUCAAAGGAAAAAUUGGAAACGGCCAUUGGGUAUUAAACGAUUCGACAAACCCCAGGUGGUAUGUUAACCAGGACAUAAUAAGUUUCUUACUUAUUCGCAACCGAAAAGGGAAAAGGUCUGCGAACGAGCUAAGUGGUCCGUUAGGUCUACGCUUAUCUCUUGUCUCAGUAGCAUGAAGCGACUAGGAUUAUCUCUACUCCCCCAUCCCCUGGAUGGGAUGCUAGUCUAUUGCAGGGUUACCCCCAGCAUUAAAUUCGCCCCUACUCAUUUAUGCAGCUGGGUGGAGAUAGGCCCUGAUAGAAUCAACUGUCUUGCCUAAGAACACAACACAAUGUCCCCGCUCUAGGUUCGAACCCGGACCGCUCGAUCCGGAGAAGAGCGCACCAACCAUGACGCCACUGCGCCAUCUGACCGGAGACAACUGACCGUUUUUUGAUUAAAAAAGUGCAGCACUUACACAAAAGAACAACCAAGAAAUAAACCUGAAAUAAUGGCAAUAUUAUAUUCCAUCGAUUCACUCUUAAGCAGACACGCUUAGGAGAGUUUUCCAGUUACGGAAAAUUGAAAAUGUCUAGUAGUGUUUAUAUGUGCCUGCAACGAAGUGCCCACCUAUAAAAGGUGUCCGUUUGCGGAAGUUAUUUGGAAAACAAAUUUCCAGCAAACUCACGGAAGCUCUUUUUAUCUCUCUUUAUAGAUCCAUGUGUUGCUUUGUCCGCCUACCCUGAAUUUAAAAAGUGGUUUCCUCGAUGUUACCUUGAAUUCUCAGACGAUAAUCGUGACGUCGUCUCAUCAGGCUCCCGCCUUGAGUUGAUUGACGUCUCGCCUUCUUACAUACCCAGCCAAAGCAGCAGCAGCAGCAGCAGCAGCAGUAGUAGCGGCAACAACAACAACGACACUAACAACAGUAACAACAACAGUAACAGUAGUAGCAGUAUUAGUGGUAGUAGCCAUAAUGAGGAGACGUUCCCAUCCAUUCCAAUAGCUUGUGAACACACAGUGAAAUAUCAAGAUUCCAAAGCCCUCGGUACUCUUCCGGUUGUUACAGCUCGCCACACAUAUAACGGCGGUGGCCUUGUGGCUGACUUGGGAUAUGACAUACAGACCGCCCGGCAGGUUAUCUCAGGCCUUCAGGAGGACAUUUGGAUCAACAGACGAACAAGAAUUGUUCUGUUAGAACUUGUCACUUUCCAACCAUCGACCAAUCUGUUUGCAUUUACUCGUUAUUCCUUUGAAUCCCUACCGACUGGAGGCGUAAUGCCCUCCUACCGUAUUGACCCUAUCUCGUUUUACGGUAGUAGUAACUCGCUAAGCCAAGGCAUCUUCAUUGGUUGUUACGUUCUUAUCGUCUUAAUACUUAUUUUCUCGAUAUACACUGAGAUAAGAGAACUGCGAAAGCUUGGAGUCAAAUACUUUAAGGACGUCUGGAACGUGAUAGAGCUGGCAUUCAUCUCCUUCACAAUUGCAACCAUCGUGAUCUUCUUCUUCAAAUCGGAAUACACCAGGCAACUGAUACAGAAAGUGCAAGAGAAUCCAUAUGCUCGAAUGAGCUUCGACUUUGUAGCUCUAUGGACAGACAUCGAAAGCGUGUUUCUUGCCCUGGUUAUCUUCCUGGCAACGAUGAAGUUCCUCCGCAUUUUGAAAUUUAACAAGCAUAUCGCCAUCAUGGCAAAAAGCAUAAGUAUUUCCAAGGGUCCCAUGAUUUCAUACUCAAUAGUGUAUACUGUGGUACUGAUCGCAUUUGCCACAAUGGGCCAUAUGAUAUUUGGGCGUUCGGCGUACAUGUUUUCUACGUUUACGAGGGCACUGGUCAACAUAUUCGAGAUGAUCCUUGGUAAAGGCACCAACUAUGAUGAACUGGAGUCAAUCAACCGUUUCUUUGGGCCAUUCUUCGUCUUCUUCUAUUUCUUCAGUAUGACUGUCUUCCUCAUGAACUUCUUCAUGGCCAUCUUGAAUGACUCCUUCACUGAUGCAAGAGAGAUCUUGGAACAAGAACCAACGGAGGACAGUCAAGUGGCAGAUUUCAUUGGGGAGUACGCUGUAACCAUGCUCAAGGAAAUAGCAGACGAAUUGCGAAGGACCAGUGGAAGGAAAAAGAGAUAUUCACAUCACGCCACAACAUACAGCAAAGAAGUAAAGGAGAGUGACUUCUUCUUGUACUGAUCAAUUUGACUGCGGAAUUCAGGCGCACUGUAAACCCUGCAAUAUCAUAAUUUCGUUAAUUUAUUUUUGAGGCCGGGGCUCUCGUUUAAUUUGGGGUGCAGCGCGAAGAUCGUUAUUACCGAAAAAAAAAAAUAAAUAACGGCAGAUGAAAAAGAAUGGCUAGGCUUCGGGCGAGGAAACCACCAGUCCCCAACUUGCCAUCUUCUUUGUUUCUUUGCUUGUUCGUUUGUUUGUUUACUUUGUUUUUCAAUACCUUUCUUUGCCCAGCUCCCCAAUUUAUAAAAUCAGAGGGGAACUAGCAGAUCGUCAAAACCCUUUACAAGAUUUCAUGCCUAAAGCUGUUGCUGAUUAUACUUACAGCGAUCGCAAAUUGCAUUCCUCACACGCAGCAUUGGUUUAUGGUUUAAUCAAAAUGUAGCUCGCGCACGGUUAUGCAAGUGGACUUCGAGAGGUUUAGCGUAUUCUAAAUGGAAUCAAGCUAAAGUAUGUAGCAGGAUGAACCGUCCACUUCAAUGUUAAAAGUGUGCAUUCUUUUCAUAAUUAUUAUUAUAGCACGUUGAAACUGUACAAUGGGAAAUUAUGCACGGUCGAGAAUUGGGUGGUGCUUAGCUUUGGUCGUUGGAGUUGAAGUUGUGUAUUUGAAACAAGAAAGUAUUGUGAUGUUUCCUGUACAAUGUAUAGAAAACAAAAACAUUUGUAACACAACGUCGCUUGUAAUUUCUUUCGCAAUAGUUUUUCCAUUGAUUGUAUGACAAGUAUAUAACAAAUCGAUCGAUCUACAUGGGAGAACAAGAAUUCGACUCUUUCAUUUGUUUUAAUGCUUUGAUCAAAAAAUUGACGUUUUUGUAUUACACGCAAGCUAAAUAAGAGAAUAAUCUAGGUCAGUUUACUCAUGUGUAGGCUUUCCAAUCGCUUAAUAAGGACAAAAAUAGAUAGAAAAGUAGUUUUCUUGAAAAAGUGCAAUGAAGCUUGUUGGGAGUGAGGUGUUGCCAUGAACACGAGUGGCUUUCGCAGGCCACAUUACACUAUGUGCUGAAACCAA